GGAAAGGCUGAGGGAGAUCGUUUUCAUUUGAUGUUUGGGAAAGUGCUCUGUGUAGUUGUGAAGGAGCAGCUCUCUGCCUGAAAGCUCACCAUCUGAAUUAAAACAUGAAUAGAGAAGGUGGCAGCCAAGGGUUCAAUUUGCAGGAUGCUGUGUUAGGUGGACCCUUUCCUUUUGGAAAAACAGAACUCUGGGUGAUGCUAGAAAAGGGGUGCCCAAAAUAAAGGAUGCCUGUUCAGUAGCUAACCUGACGGUAAGUGAGUAAAGGGAUCUCGGCAGAAUCCAAGAGGAGUUCUGUUCCCUAUUGUGGUAGUGUUGUAGGCAAUGCAAGCAGGUGCGGCACAGCUUUCCCAGCUGUCCUUCCCCUCUCCUUCUGUUGCCAGAGACCUCCAAAAUGUUCAGCGCAGCCCAGUUGUCUAAGGCCCAGUUCCUUGACAAGGCGCGCCAGGCGCGUGAGGAGCGCCGGGAGCUGAAGGAGCGUGAGCGAGCAGCAAUGCAGAUCCAGGCCCUUGUCCGAAGGUUCUUGUGCCGCUGUCGUUUGCAGCGGGAAAUCAGGAGAGAAGUGGAUGACUUUUUUGAUGCAAAUGGGCCUGGCAAGAAGACAGCACUUUCGAUCUUCAAAAUAUCCCGGAAGCUGCUCUUUGUUUUCAGGUGCCAAGAUGACAAAGAGAGAUUUGAAAAGUUGUGCCGCUGUAUCCUUAACAGUAUGGAUGCUGAAAAUGACCCUAAGGUGUGGUAUGUGUCCCUUGCACUUUCGAAGGAGCUCACACUGAUGUGGAUUAAGCAGGUCAAGGAUGUGCUGUGGCUUUGCUGUGAGUUUCUGAAGCUGCUUAAGCCAGACAUAUUGCAAGACUCUAAGCUGGUGAAUCUGCACCUCACAAUGCUGGUGACAUUUACGGACACUUCCACUUGGAGAAUCCUGAGGGGGAAAGGAGAAAGUCUUCGGCCUGCCAUGAACCACAUCUGUGCAAAUAUCAUGGGACACCUGAAUCAAAAGGGAUUUUAUUCCGUUCUCCAGAUUUUGCUGACAAAUGGCUUGGCAAGGUCAAGACCUUCCCUCUCCAAAGGCACUUUAACGGCAGUCUUUUCUCUUGCGUUGCGCCCUGUGGUUGCGGCUCAGUUUUCUGACAAUCUCUUACGAUCCUUUUUGAUCCACAUCAUAUCCGUGCCUGCUAUAGUCACCCAUCUUGCUACGCUUACUCCUGAGCGUUUGGCAGUGAUAGAAUCGCAGGACCUCCUGCGCAAAUUCAUACUGUUCUUGAGCCGCGAAGAGCUGUGCAGGGACGUCUGUGUGUGUUUAGAAGGGAGCCACACGCUCUGCCUUCUAGGCAACCUUGUCUACUUGGGCUCCUUGAAUGACAAGGUGCUGGAGGAGGAGACAGCCCAUUUUGUGAGCGUCCUGAUUCAGAUGCUCUCCUACUGCCAGAAGUACGUUUCUCAGAAGAAGUCCAACCUCACACACUGGCACCCUGUGCUUGGCUGGUUCUCCCAGACAGUGGAUUACGGCUUGAACGAGUCGAUGCCUCUCCUCACAAAGCAGCUGCAGCACCUGUGGGGCGCCCACCUGAUCCGCAUCCUCUUCAGUGACGUCCUGAGCAAGAAGCUUCUGGAGAACCAGGAUGCAGCUCGCCUGCCAGUGCCGACCACUUCUCCACAAAACAGCCUGCCCAUGAAGAACCUUUUCAAGCGUGCCUUCCAGAAAUCCGCAUCCGUCCGCAACAUCCUUAAGCCUGUCGGGGGCAAGAGGGUGGAUUCGGCAGAGGUGCAGAAGGUCUGCAGCAUCUGUGUCCUGUAUCAGAUGGCCCUCACCACCCUGACGCAGAUCCGGCUGCAGAUUCUCACAGGCUUGACCUACCUGGACGACCUGCUGCCCAAGCUGUGGGCCUUUAUCUGUGAGCUGGGCCCCCAGGGCGGCUUGAAACUCUUCCUGGAGUGCUUGAGCAACGACACCGAGGAGUCCAAGCGGCUGCUGGCCAUGCUGAUGCUUUUCUGCGACUGCUCCCGGCAUCUCAUCACAAUUCUUGACGACAUUGAAGUCUACGAAGAGCAGAUCUCUUUCAAACUAGAAGAGCUGAUCACAAUCUCAUCUUUCCUGAAUUCUUUUGUGUUUAAGAUGAUUUGGGAUGGAAUUGUGGAGAGUGCCAAAGGAGAGACCCUGGAGCUCUUCCAUUCGGUACACGGUUGGUUGAUGGUCUUGUACGAACGAGACUGCCGCCGGCGUUUUGCUCCAGAUGACCACUGGCUGCGCAAGGACCUUAAACCGAGUUUGCUCUUCCAGGAGCUUGAUAAAGACCGGAAACGGGCCCAGCUGGUCCUGCAGUAUAUUCCCCACAUCAUCCCCCACAAAAAUAGGGCUCUUCUCUUCCGGAACAUGGUGACAAAAGAGAAGGAGAAGCUGGGGCUGGUGGAGACCAGCUCCGCGUCGCCUCAUGUCACGCACAUCACCAUCCGCCGGUCACGCAUGCUGGAGGAUGGGUACGAACAGUUGCGCCAGCUGUCUCAGAACGCCAUGAAGGGAGUCAUCCGGGUGAAGUUCGUGAAUGACCUAGGAGUGGAUGAGGCCGGCAUUGACCAGGACGGCGUCUUCAAGGAGUUCCUCGAGGAAAUAAUCAAGAAGGUCUUUGACCCUGCGCUCAACCUCUUUAAGACCACCAGUGGCGAUGAGAGGCUGUAUCCCUCCCCAACGUCCUACAUCCAUGAGAACUAUCUCCAGCUCUUUGAGUUUGUUGGGAAGAUGCUUGGAAAAGCCGUCUAUGAGGGGAUUGUGGUGGAUGUUCCUUUUGCAUCUUUCUUCCUGAGUCAGCUGCUGGGACAUCAUCACAGCAUCUUCUACAGCUCUGUGGAUGAACUUCCCUCGCUGGAUUCAGAGUUCUAUAAAAACCUGACCUCCAUCAAGCGUUACGAUGGAGAUAUCAGUGACUUGGGCCUGACGCUUUCCUAUGACGAAGACGUGAUGGGCCAGCUUGUUUGCCACGAACUUAUUCCAGGAGGGAAAACCAUCCCUGUAACCAACGAAAACAAGAUCAGCUACAUCCACCUUAUGGCCCACUUCCGGAUGCACACGCAGAUCAAAAGCCAGACGGCCGCCUUCAUCAGCGGCUUCCGCUCAAUCAUCAAGCCCGAGUGGAUCCGUGUCUUCUCUGCCCCUGAGUUGCAAAGGCUGAUAUCGGGUGACAACGCUGAGAUAGACCUCGAAGACUUGAAGAAGCACACUGUGUACUACGGGGGCUUCCAUGGCAGUCACCGAGUCAUCAUUUGGCUUUGGGAUAUCCUAGCCAAUGAUUUUAACCCUGAUGAAAGAGCCAUGUUUCUUAAGUUUGUUACCAGCUGUUCUCGGCCGCCACUGCUAGGCUUUGCCUACCUCAAGCCUCCCUUCUCCAUCCGCUGCGUGGAAGUAUCCGAUGACCAGGACACGGGGGACACCCUGGGCAGCGUCCUGCGGGGCUUCUUCACCAUCCGGAAGAAAGAGCCGGGCGGGCGACUGCCCACCUCCUCGACCUGCUUCAACCUCCUCAAGUUGCCCAACUACAGCAAGAAGAGCGUUCUGCGGGAGAAGCUGCGCUAUGCCAUCAGCAUGAACACAGGCUUUGAGCUCUCCUAGCCCACGCUCUCAAGAGCUGGAUGGGCUCUCAGGGCUAUACCUUGGUAAAUGGCCGCCUGAGCAGGCUGCAGUCCUGGCCUGGGGUCCGGCAUCGCUCUGAUGCCUCUGGACGCAACUCUGCAAGGAGGACCUCCUUGGAAACGCAGCUGGCCUGCCAUUAAAUGUAGCAUCAAGAGCCAAGCCUGUGCAUUGUCCUUGGAGGGGGGCCAUGCCCAGUGGAGGAUUGCACACAGGGCAGGCAGGGUCACACAAACUACUCAUGGGCCCUGGGGUGUGUGCCCUGUGGAUAAUUUUUAUCUUGGUCUUGGGCAAAUAGUUGGACCUUGCUGUGGGCCAGGCCAGGUCAGACUCUGGCAAAACGCUGUGGAACAAAGGUCGGGAGCUGGCUUUUCCCUCCCACUUUGGCUUCUGAAAAACAGGCUUGAGGCUGCUCAACUCAGGAGCCCCAUGAGAUUGCAGGAGCUUUCUCUUCAUGUUUUUUGUGUUCCUCUGUCUGUGCCCAGGUUUUGUCGCCUGCGACUUUCCCACAGCUUGCCAAACUGCUUCGCAUUGACUCUCAGUCUGAAUACACGUUUGCCUGCAGGCCCCAAAUGAGCUUCCCGCUAGGUUUGUGAUGUGGAAUUCCUCCCGUGGCAGAUAUUUGCUAGUUGUGAGCCUGCAGCUUGUCAGAUGUCAGAGAGCAGCCUUCACCGACCUGGUGCCCUCCUUUCUGACCAUCGGCUGGGGAUGGUGGAACUGGGAGGAUGGGCCAAGGGCCCAUUGGCUGGGAACUCCUCUUAGGGCCUCAGUUGGCAGAGCCCGCUGAAACAUUUAGUGGCUGAGCUAAUCUGCAGAGGCUCAUGGGCAGCUGAGAGCAGUUCCCUGCUCUAACCUCUCAGGGACUUUGCUAUGCUGAAUAGCUUCUCAAUUUCCGUUCAGGAACAGCAACUCCAUUAAACUCUGUAAUUGCAAAGGG